CCCAUUCUGAACGGCUCUGCGACGACCGCUGGAUUCGACACGCUCACUCCGCCGACGCGGCGCCUGCCCGACUCCAAUGUCUCUGUGACGUAGCACGCCGGGCUGCAGUGCUCGGCCUUGUGCUUUGGCUACUGUCCGCAAGUGUAGCUUCUGCACCCCCUCCCACCGGUGCACACACCUCAGCGUACUAGCGCCUUAAAUGCCGUUGUCUGCUUUGCUGUACUGGCGUGUUUGUGCGUGUCGAACGUUUGCACGUGCUGACAAGACGGGACACGUGCUCAUUGCAGCGGCAGGGAAUAUGGGCGCCUCUUAGCCACGGUGAGCUUGGUGGUGUCCGAGGACUUCCCCGAAGCCGGAGUUGGUUGGUCGGGAAAGCGUCGAGGGGGACUGACCUUUGGCCGGCGUGUCCCUCUCUUUCCUUCUCAACCUUUCAGGGGACCUACUCGGACCGGUUUGUGAUUGCAUGAGGCUUUGGCGCAGUUACAAACGGCCAUCGAAAGUUCGUUGCUUCAAAUCAAGGAAUAGGAUGCUUGCAUUCAUUUCAACGCGCAAGAAAUGUGGCUGGAAUCCUGCUUUCUCCAUAGUCUUUUGAGAGUUCUACAGGCCGCUCAACGCUAUGCGACCCUUUCAACCAGCUCUCCAUGGCCAAGGGAAGAGCAAUGCCCUCCCGCUCCCCACCUCCCCUAUUUUUGAGCCAGUCUAUGGCUGAGGAUUAAACAGGAUAGCGAGGUGUGGUUGGGGCGGGGAGAACAGCGUUGUUUAGCCCUUCUCUCACUUGUGCUUUCUUGGACCAGUGAGGAGGAAGGAGGGACUGAGAUGGUGAGCCUACUUAAGGGCUGCGCUGUGUCCCGGGCGGCUCAUAAGCGUCGGAAAAAAAUACUGCCCUGCUUCUCGGAGUGAAUCUGAGUCCCACCUGCAGCCAUGACCAACGGUGUUUCCCUUAUCGUCCUGAUGGCGGUCAUCUGCACCGUGUCCUCUGUUCCACUCAAUCAGCCUGGACAGGAGCAGGACUCUGUCCACAGCGAGUCGCCCCAGUCGGCUUACCUGGGCCUUCCGUCCGGCUCGGAUGACAUCGUUAGCCCUAUCGACAUCUCGUUCAGCUGCGCCCACCGGAGCCUUGGCUACUACGCUGACAUCGCCAAUGAGUGCAAGAUCUUCCAUGUCUGCAACCCCGUUCUUCUGAGCGACGGACAGGUGGCCAUGAUGCAGUACAGCUUCGUGUGCCCCAACACCACCAUGUUCGACCAGCAGUCCCUGACCUGCACCAAUCCCCCGGGAACGGCCCCGUGCCAGCAGGCUGAGAGCUUCUACUACCUUAACCGCCACGUCGGCCAGGGCGGAAUCGGUGGCGUUCCCGUUGGCUCGCCCUCCGAGCAGCCGCGACCGGCAGUCUAUCCCGAACCCAAGCACCAGGCCCCCGUCGAUCAGAGCCAGCCCGAGCCGGUUCCAGCCAAGCCUGCUAGUGAGGACGACAGCGUCGUGAGGCCGGCGUCCUACUACGGCGGCAAGAGCAGCUAGAAAGGACACUCGCCACCGGUGUGACGCCACAACCUGUGGGAUAGCCACUCUGCACUCGCUGCAGAGAUUCGUGCCAAAUAUGGGAACUGUGUAAUUGAAAAAAAUAAAUGUUUGCCUCUGGCAUUUCUAUCUA